AUGGAUAGAAACUACCAAAGUUUUUCUUUUGCUCUUGUUUCCCUUUUGAGUGCAUAUUUCAUUUUACUAUGUUCCAGUGUCCAUUCUUGCAUGCAACAUGAAAGAGAAGCUCUUGUUGAACUCAAAGAAAGCCUUAAUGAUCCUUCGUUUAGACUCUCCUCUUGGGAAGCAAAUAAUUGCUGCAGAUGGAAAGGUAUAAGCUGCAGCAACAUUACCGGACAUGUCGUCAAGAUUGACCUCAGGAAUCCAUGCUACCCACCAAGAGGACAAGCUUAUUCAUCAAACUGUUCCUUCUCAAAUUCUAAGCUUGAAGCUCAAUAUAUCCAUCCUUCUCUUUCAAAUUUCAAAUAUCUUACCUAUUUGGACCUUAGUGGAAACAGUUUCAAUUCAUCUCCAAUACCGACGUGGUUCCAUUCUAUGAACCAUUUACAACACCUUUCUCUCUCUGCUUCCCAUUUUAAUGGCAUCAUCCCAAACAACCUUGCCAACCUCACAAAAUUAACCUUUCUUGAUCUCAGUUAUAAUUCUUGGUUACACUCCGACGACAUCUAUUGGCUUUCAAAACUUUCGAUGCUCCAAAACCUUUACCUGAAUGAUGUUUUUCUUGGGAGGGCACAAAAUUUAUUCAUGUUUCUCAAAAUGAUUCCUUCUUUGUUAGAAAUAGACUUUACCAACUGCAGCUUAACCAAGAUAUACCAUGCUAGUGAUCAUCAACAACUUGUUAGUUACACAAAUCUUUCUACCAUUCAGUUUCUCAGUCUCGCAGAGAACAGACUUGAUGGUCUUGAUCUGUAUGCUUUUACAAACUCCACUUCAAUCAUGUUUCUUGACCUUUCCGAUAAUAAUCUUAGUUCAGUUCCGUUUUGGUUAGGCAAUUGUGCAAAACUUGAAACUCUGUAUCUUGGAAACAAUGCUCUUGGCUCAAUUCCACCAGCUCUGCAAAAUUUGACUUCCUUGACGUUGCUUGACAUUCCCCAAAACAAUAUUGAAUCUGUUCCAACGUGGAUAGCGGGGUUGGAGGGUCUUUUGUAUCUCAAUCUGUCAUUGAACCAUAUUGAGGAUUCUUUAACAUCAUUUCUGGGAAAUAUGUGUCAUCUUCUGUCACUAGAUUUGUCUGCAAAUAGGCUUCAAGGAGAUACACUCGUCGGUAACUUACAAUCUGCAAGAUGCAAUGGAUAUGCUUUAAAGGAACUGGACUUGAACAACAAUCAUUUCAAUGAUCAUCUGCCAACAUGGUUGGGGCAGCUUGAGAAUCUGGUAACCCUUAAACUUCAGUCAAGUUUUUUCCAUGGUCCUAUUCCAAAUAUUUGGGGAAACUUGUCUAACUUGAAAUCUUUAAACUUUGCUAACAAUCACUUGAAUGGUUCUAUUCCAAACUCUCUUGGGAAACUGAGAAGUCUAAGUCACUUGGACAUGUCUAAUAACAACCUGUUUGGGGAUCUUCCUUGCAGUCUAACAGAACUAGGAAACCUAGAGUAUUUGAUUCUGAACAAUAAUAAUUUGACAGGGUAUCUUCCUAAUUGUAUUGGACAAUUUGUCAAUCUAAAUACCUUGAUUAUUUCCUCCAAUCAUUUUUAUGGUGUUAUUCCUAAGAGUAUUGAGCAAAUAAGGACUCUAUAUUUCCUUGAAAUGUCAGAUAACUCUCUGAGUGGAACAAUCCCACAAAAUAUUGGUCAACUUUCAAACUUGCACACCCUUUAUCUUAGUGAAAAUAAUUUGAUAGGGAAAUUUCCUCAUAGUUUUGGUCGACUCAUGAACCUGCGCAAUUUAGAUUUGUCUCUCAACAAUUUGGAAGAUGUGUUUUCUGAAAUAAAGUUUCCCAAGUUUCUCGCCUAUAUGAACCUCACCGAUAACCAUAUCACUGGGUCACUUCCUCAAAAUAUUGCUGAGAGAUUACCCAAUCUUACUCACUUGCUUCUUGGAGGGAACCUCAUGUAUGAUUCCAUUCCAAAUUCAUUGUGCAAAAUAAACUCUUUGUACAAUCUUGACCUUUCAAACAACAAUUUAGUUGGAAACAUUCCUAAUUGUUGGAGUUCAACUCAAACACUGAAUGAGAUUGACCUAUCAUCUAACAAAUUAUCAGGAGUUAUUCCAAGUGCGUUUGGUCAUCUCUCCAAUUUGACAUGGUUACAUUUGAAUAAUAACAGUCUUCACGGGGAGUUUCCGUCAUUCUUGAAGAACUUAAAGCAACUGUUAAUCUUAGAUAUUGGAAAUAAUCAAAUGUUAGGAACUAUACCUUCAUGGAUUGGAGACAUUUCCUCCUCAAUCCAAAUUCUGAGAUUAACACAAAACAAGUUUCAAGGAUACAUUCCAUCACAACUCUGCAAACUUUCAGCUUUGCAAAUCUUGGACCUUUCCAACAACAUGUUGACGGGUUCAAUACCUCAAUGCAUUGGAAAUCUUACAGCAAUGAUCCAAGGAAGGAAUUCAUCAGUUCUUUUAUCUCCAGAAGAUCCAAAGUAUUUGGAAUGGUAUGAACAAGAUGUCAGCCAGAUCAUUAAAGGAAGAGAAGAUCAUUAUACAAAAAAUUUGAAACUGAUGGCUAAUGUUGAUUUCUCAAAUAACAAUCUGAGUGGACCUAUUCCUAUAGGAAUAUUUCUUCUUACCGCUUUACGAGGCCUAAAUCUAUCACACAACCAUUUAUCAGGAGAAAUUCCUGUAAUCAUAGGAGAUAUGAGAUCACUUGAAUCUUUGGAUCUCUCUCAUGAUCAGCUUUCAGGCCCAAUUCCAUACACCAUGUCUAGCUUAACUUUCCUAAGUCACCUAAAUUUGUCCUACAACAAUCUUUCAGGACCAAUUCCACAAACAAACCAAUUUCCAACAUUUAAUGACUAUCCAUCUAUUUAUGUUGGCAACAAAUUUCUCUGUGGUGCACCAUUGUUGAAUCCUUGUGAUGUUGAUAAUAAAGAUGAUGACGAUGAUGAUGAUGGUGAUGGUAAACAUGAUAAGGCAGAGACAUUAUGGUUUUACUUUGUAGUAGCACUUGGAUUUGGUAGUGGCUUUUGGGCUGUAAUUGGAGUUUUGUUGUUGAAGAAAGAUUGGAGGCAUGCUUACUUUAGUUGCAUAGAUGAGGCAGUGUUUAGGAUGAAAGUGACAUUGGGAAUAUAG